AACCCGUAUCUCAGAGCAAAGAUGGUUGAAGUUCUGAACUGCUGGAUGCCUCGUUCAAGUGGUUCUUCAUCUGCUACAUCUACUCUUUUUGAGGGGCAUCAGUUAUCGCUCGAGUAUCUUGUCAGGAAUUUACUGAAACUAUAUGUGGACAUUGAGUUCACGGGUUCACACACUCAGUUCUAUGACAAGUUCAAUAUUCGCCACAACAUUGCCGAGCUUUUGGAGUAUCUCUGGCAGGUGCCUAGUCACCGGAAUGCUUGGAGACGGGUAAAUUCUUAA